AUGGCCGGCGACGACACUGCACUCCUCAUACUCGCGCUCGCAGAGAUGACCGCCGGCUGCAGGCCCGCUGCGUGCCUGGACGUCUCCUGCGCUGUCACGCAGCUCUCAGCUGCUGUGUCGACCCGCUGCUCCGCAAGACUUGUUGAAGGUGAAGCCCCGUUUGUUAACUAUAAGGUUAACGGGCACAAUUAUGAUAUGGGUUACUACCUAGCUGAUGGGAUGUAUCCUAAUUGGGCAGCAUUUGUGAAAACAAUAAAGGCCCCGGCAAAUUCGAAGGAUAAAUUUUUUGCUGCCGCGCAAGAGGCUCAGAGGAAGGAUGUGGAGCGUGCGUUUGGUGUGUUGCAGGCUCGCUUUGCUAUUGUUCGGAAUCGGGCACGAUUUUGGGAUGAAGCAACACUUCGAGAUAUUAUGUUGGCAUGUAUAAUAAUGCACAACAUGAUUAUUGAAGAUGAACGUGAUGCUAAAGGCCUUGAGGUGCCUUAUGACAAAAAAGAUGCUGAGACAGAAGGUGUGGUAUCGCGUGCAUGGACUUCAAAUUUUUCAUCAUUUAUUAGCAACAAAGAAAUUCAAGACCCACAUGUGCACCAUCAGCUACACAAAGACCUCGUUGAACACCUAUGGGAGCGGGAAGGGCGAAAGGAGCAACAUUAG